GAUCCCCAAACUUCCACGCUCUCGAUUCGAUCUCCUCGUCUUCUCCCUCAGGAAGUUAGGGAUUCAAACGACCUACAGACCCGCCAUGUCGAGCUUCAGCGGCGACGAGACCGCCCCCUUCUUCGGUUUCCUCGGAGCCGCCGCGGCCCUCGUCUUCUCAUGCAUGGGUGCGGCUUAUGGGACGGCGAAGAGCGGCGUCGGCGUGGCGUCGAUGGGCGUGAUGCGGCCGGAGCUCGUGAUGAAAUCGAUCGUGCCCGUCGUCAUGGCCGGAGUCCUCGGGAUCUAUGGCCUGAUCAUUGCGGUGAUCAUUAGCACGGGCAUAAACCCCAAGGCCAAGUCGUACUACCUCUUCGAUGGGUACGCCCACCUUUCCUCAGGCCUCGCUUGCGGCCUCGCCGGACUUUCCGCCGGAAUGGCGAUUGGGAUCGUCGGAGAUGCUGGAGUCAGGGCAAAUGCUCAACAGCCAAAGUUAUUUGUGGGCAUGAUUCUGAUUCUCAUUUUCGCGGAAGCUCUAGCUCUCUACGGUCUCAUUGUCGGGAUCAUCCUCUCUUCUCGAGCUGGUCAAUCUCGUGCAGAUUAGGAAAAGAGGAGUAGAUGCUGUGAUCUCCAAGGAAAUGGAGAGAUGUUUAUUUUUGAAGUUUGUUGUGCUUUUAUUUAGUCGAUACAAGGAAAUUUUAUUACUCGACCCAAGAUUAAACCCUAGGGUUUAUAGUGUGUUGCUUGGAUCUUGUAGAUCAAGCAGAGGACCCUUUUUCCACCAAUAACAUUGCCAUCGUGGGGGCAAACUGUGAAGGACCUGGAUUUGUGUAGUUAUUAAAUAAAUUUCAGUUGAAUGAAUUGACUCAGAAUGUAUAAAUUUGGCAA